AAAAAGAAGAAGAAGAAGAAGCAGAUGAUGGAUGAAGUAGUAGACAAAGUAGAAAGUGUACUGCAGUGUGUAAUAAAAGAUAAAUCAAAAAAGAAAAAAAAUAAAUCUUUACUAAUCAAAUCAGAAAACACGGAGGAAGAGGAACAGUAUACUGAAGAAGAGAGGAUUCAAAAGAAAGACGUGAAAUUAAAAAAACGUGUUCGUCGUGGAAGCAUAGAGCAGACUGAAGAUGUUGGUAGAAAGAAGAAAAGGAGCAAAAAAGAAACAUCUGUAACUAUAGAUGAUGUAACAAAAAAGAAAAGGAAAGCUAAGGGAGAGGAAAAUGAAAUAAAGUUGGAAACACCAGAGGUUGAAGUCGAGGAGGUAAAAUUGAAAAAGAAGAAGAAAAAAGAGAAAACCAAAGAAUCUGGUGGGUUAGAGGCAGCUGAGAUUAACAACAAGGAAAAAAGGAGGGCUGAAGAUAAAAUUCACCGUAAGAAAAAAGACAACUAUACAGAAGAGUUUGUCACAGAAGAAGGGAAAGCAGAGCUGAAGACAAAAAGUAAAAAGAACAGGUGUAAAGCAGCUUCGGUGGAAGAUGUGCAACAAGAGGAGACGGAACCGAAGAAGAGAAAAGCAACACUUGAGGAGUGGGACGCUGGGGAGGACACGCAGAGCAGCAGGAAGCACAAAAAGAGCAAGUGUAGAACAACCUCAGUGGAAGAUACACAAGAAGAGGAGACAGAACCAAAGAAGAAAAAGAAAAAAACAAGACUAAAGGAGUGGGGUGUUGGGGAGGACACGCACAGCAGUGGAAAUAAAGUCACAAAGGCUGCUGACACGCACCACAAAAAGAGCAAAAAGACAAAAGUUAAAGUCGAGCCAGAACUCAACACUGAGGCUGGAGUGAAAAAGAUGAAAGAACAAAAAGACUCACAGAAGGCUUCUCUGCUGGACGUAGUUUUCAUGUCAAAGAAGGCCGGAAACACUGAUGAGGUCACCAUUAAUCAGGGUUUAGGCCAGUGGAGUACUGCUCAGUUUGACAGCUCCCAGCAGCAACAGAAGUUCCUGCGGUUGAUGGGGGGCUUCAAAAAGGGCUUCCAGCCAGCUGUGGCCACAUCUGGAAGCAGCAAUAUGGCACUGGGGAAGGAUGCACAGCAGCAGCUGCAGCAAGGGCUUCUGGGAGAAUUUGAGCGGGCSCACUCACGCAGAAUGGACUUUGGUAGCAGAGGAGCAGGACUUGGGUUCGCUGCUUCACCUAACAAGAAGUUCUCCAUUGACAUCAAUGCAAGUCGAUCAAUUCGCUUUGACUACUGAGAGAUGAACGUUUGUAUAAAAACUGUUUUUAUUAGAAUUUGUCUGUAGUCCUGUUGGCUUAUUUCCACUGGAGGAUUCACCUUACAGAUGUUUGUGAAUGAGAACAAGUUGUACUUUUUGUACACAGAAUCCAUAAGUUUGUAAGUUGCUUCAUAUUUUUUCUUUUUUAUAUAAUUACAAAAACAAACAUUUUUACCUUGUCAUUCUGAACAAUUGUGAUGUAAAAUAAAUAGCAUUUUCUAUGAAAAUGCUGAGUGGCAGCAGAAAAAACUAAAAUUAAGUUUAAAGAAGUAAAGGUCAGAUAGAAGCUACUAAAGACUGACUACAAGUAGUGAUGUCCCUAUACAGGUAUUCAAGUCUAAUACAAGUACUCGUACAAAAUACCAUAAUAAUACCAAUACCAGGAUGGAUACUCCAUUGAAUGUUAGUUUACAUUUCAAGUGAAACGUUUCAGUUCCAUGUUUUAAAAGUGGAUACAAGUUGAAAGAAAAUCAUGUUUUUUAAAAGUUUGCAACAAAAUGUAUCAUGUGGUAUACUUGAUUUGAUCCAUUCAGACGGGCUGUAGACCAAUAAGGAAGGACACCUUGAUUUAAAUAAAAGAAAUGUGUUUUUAAGUC